CAACGGAGAUCGUAGGGGCUGGAUCUGACAAGAUGGCAGUUGCGUUGCUUUCUAUGUGUCAAAACAUCCAGAGAAAUGUCGUGUAGUUGUAAACUGUGCAUUGUAUAUUGCUGAAUUGUUUCCAAUAUCGUUGUCGCAAUGGAGCUUAUUAAAACACCAAAGUGCCCAGUGACUGUUCGCACGCCGAGCGCCGUGGCUGUUGCACAAAAUGAACCGCUGGCGCGGUUGCACGGUGCGCGGCGUGUGACGUCCGGCGGGGCCGCCUUCGACCCGCGUGACAACUCGCCGGACGCGAUGUACGCCGGCCACGAGCUCUUCUCGCCCGAGGGAGCCUCCUGGUCCGUCAAGUACACCGGCAUCCCCGUGUCCCCUUCCGUCUACGCGCGAAUCAGGUCGUGGUUGCUGCAAGAGCAGGAGAACCCGGAGCCUGACCUCUACCAGGGUUCCCUCAUCCUCAGGAAGGUAAAUGCCGUCGGCGACAUGUGCUAG